AUGAUGUUCCCGUGUACAACACUUGUUUACCUGGAAGAUUUUCACUGUGUCUGUGUGUACUGCCCCCUGCAGGUCAGUGUGAUGAGUGACCAUCAGGCACCGUCCAGCUCUCCUGACUGCCCUCAGUGCCCCCAACACAUCCUGACUGGGGCAGAGGCAGCCGUGUCUUACUCCCAGUUCUGUGAAGCAUUUGGCUUCCCCAUGGGGCCCUCGGGAGCCAGGGCCCUGCUGCUGUUCUAUGAGCUAUGGGACCCCAGUGGGACCUUAGUGCAGAGGGGCCAGGCUAGCAACUGUCUUGCACAAGGUCAACACCCUGAGCCCCUGCUGUUUGACCAUCAGGGCUACUUGUCCUCAGUACUAGAAGUAUGUGAGGAAGUGAGCUACAUCAUACUGUACUGUAACUACACUCCGUGCCAGGAGUGUUCCCAGACCCUGAUCUCCUUCUUGCUGCACUAUCCCUGGGUGCGCCUGGACCUGCUCUUCUCCCAGCUCUACCACACAGCCCCCAGCCAGACCCACAGUCUGGACAACCAAACAGGCCUCCGCAGCCUGGCUGCCCUCUGGCCACGACUCACCCUCAGCCCCAUCUCUGGAGCUGCUUGGGGGCAUCUGCUAAGGUGUUUUGUUAGAGAUGUCCCACCGUCGGCCCUACAGCUCCCCCUGCUGCCUGAGAGGGUAGAGGCGGACAGGGUUAAUGCAAUUCACAUAUCAGCUAUUACAGGCAUAGGCCCUGCCUUUUUGGACCUCCCACUGAGGACAUACACAGAGCCUGUGGAGAGAACCCACACUCCCCAAGCGCUCACCCUGCUCCCUCCCCCACACCUGAACACAUCCAUGCGCAUCUCCACACCCCACCCUAGGGUAGUUCAUGCCCCCCUCCCAGCCUAUCUUCACCCUAUCAAUGUGGUCAGACAUGUCAGGAUGCCUCCACCUUGGAGGGGUCAACCCCAAUCUCCUCCCUCUUCCUCUGGGUUCUUCUCCCCCCUGCUCUGUCUGCGGCUGCCUGGGCGGCUGGUGGAGAUAGUGCGGGAGGUAGAGAAGGAAGUGGGAACAGCAGUCAGUCAGUCCCAGCACAGAGACUCGAAAAGAGGAAGAAGAUCCAGAAGAAAAUAG